AUGGGCAGCAAAUACUACGAUAUCGACGCUAUCCUAACCGAUGCACAGAAAAUACCAUGCACCUUCGAAGUCGAUGUACCCGGGUUGGGGUACCUGGACGGAAAUGAUAACUCCGAUAUGAAAGCCGGGACUAAACUCGAGAUGCCUAUUUGGCUGGCUGAGAUAUUGGCUGUCAGCGAGCAACUUGGGACCAAAACAUUCAUUCACACGAAUAUUCCUCACGCACUCUCUGCACCAGUAAUGAAUGCACUUAAGGCCAACCCUCUCUCCGUCAACCUUCGAGAUCUUGCCACACACUACUAUUCCCUUGGAGAGCGAAUGGUCAACCUCGUCGAAGACGCAGAAGAUGAACUAGUAGACACGUUGUCAGAGACCUUUCGACAAAGGACGAUUGAAAUUGCGGAUCAUGCGGUUAAUCCGAAAGGUGCGUUGGGCGAGGGUACAGAGUUCUUGACGGGUUUGGAGGAGUCGGAGAGGCAGAGUAUGUAUAACAACGACGACGAGAGCUCUGCCGUUUGCCGUUUGAGAUGA